AUGAGUCAGGCUCUUGAGUCUCAAAAUGCCCCUCUUUUUCCCCUCAUUUCGCCCCGGGUAAUCCCUGCAUGCGCGUACGGCAGCGUGGGUUCAAGCAGGGAGAUCUACCAGAGCGAGAAGUCGCCUACCACGUUCGUGGCGUACCUGCGGGCCACACAUGCCCCCUCACAUGCCCCCCUCUUUCCCCAAAACCCAUCCCUGGUAAUCCCUGCAGGCGGGUAUGGUGGCGCGUAUGGCGGCAGCGCGGGGGCGGGCGGGGAGAUCUACCAGAGCGAGGCGACGACGGCCGCGUUCGUGGCGUACCUGCGGGACGUGGUGAAGCCCAUGAUGCUGCAGCUCAAGGCCGCCGUGGAUCCCAAGGUGCAGGCGCGUGUGGAGCUCAAGGUGGGGCGCAGCAACUGGCGCGUGAGAGGCAUUCUGGAGGAGGCCACGCGGCUACAGGCGUCCAUACUCGUCAUCGGCGCGCAGCCCAGCCUCCACGGCGACUCCUUUGGCACGGGGGCGUAUUUCAUCCGCAACAAGCCGCCACACAUGUCAGUCUACGUCAUUCAGGCGGGCAAACUGUUGGUCUGCCACGAGGCAGACGGGCAGAUCACCGGCUCGCCUGCUGCCUUAGACGCCCUUGCUCUCGAAGCCGCAGCUGCAGAGGCAGCAGGGGGAGGCGGAGGCGGAGGGGGAGGCGGAGCGGGAGGGGGAGGCGGAGGGGGGUUUGCAGACGGAACGGGGGCGCUGUUAGGCAUGUCUCCGGGUCAGUUUGAGGGCGGAGGGCCCCUAUUGGUGGAUCAGCUGCUGGCUGCCGGCCUGCGAUUGGACACGCCGGCUGCUGAGCUGGCGGCGCUGCGGCUGCCUGCUGAAGUGUUGGAGCAACUGCUGGCCGCACAGGUGGCAGCUGGUGGUGAGUCCAGGUGGCAUGCAGUGAGUGGAGGUGGCAUGUGUCACAGUGGGAGUGAUAUUCCUAUUGGUAUUCCUCCUGCCACAAUUGCCAAUACCAAUGCUAACGAUACCAACGCUGCCAAUGCCAAUCGGCUUGGCCAGUUCCUCACUCCGCCUCGCUCCCGCAGCGGUAUGGAUGCUUUUGCGUCUGUCCUCGCUAGAGACAGCCUCACUAGUAGCUCUGGCCCGCUGCCGCGCCUCUCGCCUUCGUUUAAGCCGUCCAGAGGGCGAUAUGAGGGAGGGCGAUAUGAGGGAGGGGGAUACGAGGGAGGGGCGUAUGAGGGAGGGGAGUAUGGGAGCACUGGUACCUCUCCUGCUGCGGGGAGGAAGCUGAAGGCGAGUCGCAGCAGCGUUGGCAGGCACAGAAGGGAAAGGAGCGGCGGUGCUGGCAGUGCUGGCGGUGGCGGUGUUGACUUUGCUGCCAUGGCUGCUGCUGCAUCUGGUGUGGGAGACGCUGCUCGAGGGGCAGGGCGUAAGCCCUCAAUCGCUUCUUUUCUCAGCUUUCCUCUUCCCUCUAUGUCCAUCUUCCUUCUGCUUCCCUCCUCUCUGCGUCCCUCCUUCCUCCACUCCCCCCCUCCUCAUCUCCAUCCAUCUUCUGUCCGUCCCCACUCCUCCUGUGAACAUCAGAGUGCAGCAGCAAUGGAGAUAGAGCAGAUGCGGGUGCAGGCAAAGGAGGCGGAAACAGCCAGGCUGAAUGCAGAGAGGCGGCUGCUGCAGAUGCGCGUGCAGGCCCAGGCAGGGCGGGGGGAGGCGGCUACUGAGGCGAGCCCAUGGGGAGGGAGGGGGGAUGAGGGGGCAGGGCAGGUGAGGGGAGAGGGUGGAGUGGCAAGGUGUGGGAGCGAGGGAGAAGGGAGUGGGCAGUCACAAUACAGCUAUGAGCUGGCGCAGUCGCAGAAAGAAUUUGAAGCUGCCCGGAUGAAGCUGGCCUCAGUGGAAGCAGCUUUGGCCCGGGCAGCGGGCAGAACGAAGCAGGAAGAUGGUGGAGAGAGAGGAGCAGGAGGAGCAGGGUCAGGAAGGCGAACGGGGCAAUCGGGGUUGUCUGUCAGUGGUGGUGGCGGCAGCAGAGGUGGUAAAGCAGGGGGAGCAGAGGCGUCAGUUGCAGCGGCGGCGGCUGCGGCAGCAGCAGCGGCACAGAGGCUAGCGCACAGAGGAGGCAACCCGCACCAGAGAUUCGAGCAAGGGACCAGAGAAGGCCUAAGAUGGGGGGAGACAGGAAAUGGGAGGGAAGAGGAUGAGGGGCAGGAGAGCGGGGAGGAAGACGAGGAAGAGGAGGAAGAGGAGGAGGAAGAAGGAGAGGAGGAGGAAGGGGAGGAGGAUGACGAGUUGCAGAUUGAUAUAUUGAGUGCGGCUGGGAGUGGUGUGGUUGGGUUCAUAGAUGGAUCCUCCUCCACAUUUGACCUAAGCUCCCUAUCCCCUCGCUCACUCCACGGCGCAGACUCAAACAGCCGCCCACCCUCUGCCAACACCCGUGGCCUAACCAAAAAACAGCAACAUUCCCAAAAUAGCAACCUUUCCUUUACUGGAGGUUUUGAGGGCUCUUCCAGCGAUCUCCAGGUCGACCUUUUGGGCGGCAGCUCGCUGGGUAUGGACAAGGGAACGGGCGGCGCAGAGGGCGGGGAGCAGCCAGAUGAUGACGUGGAUUUGUCUCUUUCCAUGUCAGAGCUCCAGAUCGACCUGCUUAGCCCUGGAGAGAACAUGAGGAGGGGGGAUAAGCAUGAGAAGGAGCAGGAGGAGUGGAAGCGGGGAAAAGAGAGGGGUGGAGGGGAGUUGGGAGAGGUACAGGAAGAUGAGGAGGAGCUUGAUUUAGGGCUUAGUCUGGUGGGGGGCUCUGAGCAGGAUGUUUAUGAAGAGAUUCAGGCCGCAACGGACAACUUCAACCAGAAGAACCGACUGGGCGAGGGCGCGUUUGGCACGGUGUAUGGGGGGCGGCUGCACCACACUCGUGUGGCCGUGAAGGUGCUUAAAGCCACAGACGUGGUCAAAGCCACCAACGAGUUCCAGCAGGAGGUGGAGGUGCUAAGCCAGAUCCAACACCCGCACGUGGUGAUGCUGCUCGGCUGCUGUCCGUCGCACCACUGCAUAGUGUACGAGUUCAUGGCCAGCGGCACUCUCGAGGAGCGCCUGCUCUGCGCCAACAACUCGCCGCCCCUCCCCUGGUUCGCCCGCCUCCGCAUCGCCGCUGAAGUCGCCUCCGCGCUCCUCAUUCUCCACGCGCGCCCCAUCCCCAUCGUGCACCGCGACUUAAAGCCCGCCAACAUCCUUCUAGAUAAGAACCUCGUAGCGAAGCUUGGCGAUGUGGGGCUGGCAAAGCUGAUGCCGGGAACAGGGUCGCAGGUGCACACACACGCGCAUGAUUCCGUGCCUGUGGGGACUCUGGCUUACGUCGACCCGGAGUUUCAGCGAACGGGGGACUACGGGCCGAAAUCCGAUGUGUACGCGCUCGGGAUUAUUUUGUUCGAUAUUCUGACCGGGCGCAAGCCGACGACUUAUGAGGAGUUAGAGGAGGCUGUGGAUGAGGGGGACGAGGAAGCUUUUGGGAAGCUUCUGGAUGAGAGGGGGGGCGAGUGGCCGAUAGGGUUGGCCAUGGAGGUGGCAAGGAUGGCAGUGCGGUGCAGUGAGAUGCGGAGGAAGAAACGGCCGGAUCUGGAGAGUGAGGUGAUGCCGCUGCUGGCGCGGGCGAGGGAUGAGGCUGCAGAGGCAGAGGAAGCUGCCGGGAAGGAGGGUGGGCGGUCGGGAGGGAGCGGGGAUGUGCCCAAGGGGUUGCUGUGCCCGAUCAACAAGCAGCCUCGACCAAUGGGCGUCAAGCUUCAGAUUCAGCUUCUCGAGGCGCGCGGCCUGCCGCCCAAGGACAAUGGCGGCGCGAGAGACGCGUUCGCGCGGCUCCAGAUGGGCGCCUCGAAGGCGCGGAGCAGCACUGUACCUAAGGACAACGAUCCGACGUGGCAAGAGGAGUUUUUCUUUUCGGUCAGCGACGCGGAAAAGGACGAACUGCUGGUGACGGUGUGGGACAAGAGCGCCUUCCUGGGGGAGGAAUUUCUCGGGCAGCUUGUGCUGCCCGUGCGACAGGUGCUGGCGUGCGACGGCUACGAGCUGCAGGCGACGUGGUUUCCGUUACAGAACAGGCUCGCGCGACCGCGCGCGACGGUUACAGGCGACGUUCUGAUUUCCGCCAGCCUGUGGGGGGUUUCGUCGUUAGUGGCGGAAUCCGCCUCCCCCUCCACUUUGCCAUCCAGCCCAAUCCUUCCGCCCACUCCUCCCCUCUCCGCCCCUUCCGCUUCCCCGUCUACUUCCCCCCUCGCCGCGCCUUCCCCCGCGCCUUCCCCCUCCCUCAUCUCUACAGUCAGCUUCGCCUUUCCUAAACCUUCUUCCGCCCAUCCCCUUUCCGCCCCCACUCCCCCUUCCGCCACUCCCCGUUCCGCCACUCCCCCUUCCGCCUCUCCCCCUUCCGCCCCUCCCCCUUCCGCACCUUCCCCGUCCGCCCCCGCCUUUUCUCUCCCCCUCAAGCCCGCGCUGCGCCGCCAUACAGGCCCGUCCGAUACAGUCGCACCUGCUGCUCUCUCCCCGUGCAAGGAAACGGACGAGGGGGAAGCGUGGGGCGGUGGGGGGAAGGAGGGACGGGGAGACGGGGCAACGGAAGGGGAAGGAGGAGGCGAAGGAGGAGCGGAAGGGGAAGAGGUAGGGGAGGAGAACGGGGAAGGGGAAGUAGAGGGGGAAGGGGAGGGGGAAAGGGAAGGCCAUGAGGCAUCCGCUGACCUUCAAGGUAAAGAGGAGGAGGGCGCGAACGGCACAACAACAGCAGCAGCACCGGCAGCAGCAGCCGUCGCUAAGCCGCGGCACCAGAUCCUCCAGUCGCUCUCCGAGUCCUUAAAGCCCAAGCCGCAGCAGCUGCAGCAGCUGAAGCAGCGCCUGCAUGCGUCCAAGCUAUCCGCAGCCUCAGCCAUCAGGUCAUUCGGGCACGCCGUUGAGAACAGCGUUGCCAAGGCCGGGCAGACCGUGCGUGCCGCCAACGCCAAGGGCGGUGGGGGUGGGGGUGCGGCCGGGGCGACUGCACAUGCACGUGAAGGGGGAGAUGAGGGGGAGGGGGAGUCGCGGAGAGGGUCACUGGGGGAGGGUGACGGGGCGAGCGGAGGAGGGAGUGGGGAGUCCGGGGAAGGGGGUACGGGGGAAGCGGGGAAGGUGAAGGUGCCGGGGGUGUGGUGGGAGCAGGAUAUGAGGGACGUGCCCAGUGCAGGGCCCAUGCCGGGUGAGCUACCUGGUGGCGGAGUGCUGGUGGACCAGGCCUUUGAUGCCGCCCCACACGUGCUCUUUGCGGCCAUCUUCAAGCCCGGCUCGCCCUUCUUCCAAGAGUUUGCAAAUGAGCGCAAGCUGACUCAAGUCAACAUUGGUCCUUGGUUUUUCGCCGACAGCAGCAGCAGCAGCAGUCACAGUGCAGCAAGGCUCAAUCGCAGCACAGCACACAAGGGCAUCAAGCCUCCCACCAACCUGCCUCCCGCUGCUGCUCCCAAAGGGGGCGGAGGGGCGGAACAGCAGCAGGAAGACACAGGCACCGUGAUGCACCGCACUGUAUCGUACAUGACCGCGCCGUCCUCCUUGGUAAAAUCAGUGCAAGCGACAGAGGAGGUGCUGUGUGUGCGGGCAGAUGCGGGCGGUUUCCUGGUGGCUGUGACAGCGAAAACCCCUGACGUGCCGUAUGGAGGCACGUUCGAAAUACACCUUCAGUUGUGCAUCACUCCGCUUACAGAGGAGGGUGUGGGCGCAGGAGGAGGAGCAGGAGAAGGAGGGAACACAGGCGAGCAGAGCAGUAGAGUCCCGGCUUCUGCAGCAGCUGGUGAUGGGAGAGAGACAGGUGCAGAGGGGUCAGGCAGUGGGAUGAAGAGCCGGCUGCGAGUGUCGUAUGAGCCGCAUUUCCUGCAGAGCACCAUGAUGAAAGGCAUGAUAGAGAACGGCAUGCGCACCGGCCUCAAGGAGUCAUACGCCACCUUCCUCUCUGUACUCACAAAGCACGUGCCUCCCUUCGUCUCCACUGCACCAUCCACCUCCCUCUCCCAACCCUCAACCUCCCCUCCUCCCUCCUCCCCACUCGGCCGUCUCCUCUCCCGCCUCGGCGUCCCCCCCCACCUCAUCCCGUCAAAAACGGCAAUCGCCGAGGCUGCACUCCGGGCAACAGGCCCACUUGCGCUCUUUGUCUUUUUCCUCGCAGUGGUCUUGCUACCUACACACCUGGUGCUGGUGGCACGGGGUGGGGCGGGGGUGGUGCUGCCGCUACUAGACCUUCCUGAUAGCCUGUUGGAGCUGCUAUGGUGUGCCGUGAUCCUGGUUGCAACCAACCAUGUGGUUGCCAUGGCACGAGGCAUCAUUGUAUCAAAAUACAUCAAGAAGGGCGACCACGGGAAGAAGGCGGUGGGGGAGGGGUGGCUGCUGACAGUAUCGCUAGUCGAGGGGGAGAGCAUAGGGGAUGCAGGCGUGGUGAUGAAGGCGGACCCCUUUGUGGUCUUUGCUUGCAGCGGCAAGACGCGCACCAGCUCUGUGAAGCUGCAGACCAACAUGCCCAAGUGGAACGGUGAGUGCAAACCAGGACAGUAG